CAAAUAAGUGUCUAUUUCUGACACACUGCCGGUGACCUAAUCGUACUUUCACCGGCAAAAUUAAAAUUUACUUUUUCAUCUCGCCUCCCCCGAUAUAAUUGCAGCGGGACAUAAAAAAAUGUGUGUUUAUUAACCCACCAGGGAAGCAUGAAUCGUUUUACAGGUGCAUAAAUGUGUAUUUCUUUAUCGUGUUAUUUAUUUCAGCUCGUGCAAUUCACCUGAAAGAAUGGAGAGAAAGGCGAGCAGUUAUUCCACCGAUAUUCCAUCUCCAGUGCUCCUCAGAAGAAGAUUAAGUGCCCCUGAAACUAUUAUGAGAAAGCAUGUUCUGGCUCAACAACGAUCCGAAUCUCAAGAAAGCUAUAUUACACAAACCUCCGAUACAAGAAGUUGCCAAUGGAGGGGCGAAAUUGCCGCUGGAAGUGAUCCUAAUUUAAGUAAAAAACGCGAUUCGGGUUUAAUGAGAAAAUCGACUUUAUUAAGGAGGAUGUGGAGUAACAGCAAGCCGUUUACAAGUUCGAGGUUUUCUGGAUCGUUUUAUGAGUGGCAACAUUCCUUCGGCAAAAUGUCCUCAGGAAAAUCAACCCAUUCGUUAACGUCCACUCAUUCAUCACCCGAGCACAAGUCGCAAAGCAGGCGUUCUUUGAACAGCAACGAAUUUAAGACGUCGCCGCAGCAUUUCUCCCAAAACCGGAAGAUGUCCCCGAAACAUCUCGGUGACAGUACUGAUUCGAACAAGCGGUGUUUGUCACCAAAACGUAAAGUUUCCGUCUACAAUGGUAACUACGAAUACUCGUCCUACAGCAACAACUCCACCACGGACAACUCAAACAUUUCAUCUUUGGACAAUCGGACAGCUCAAACUUUCACGCCAAAAACUGAAAGUGAAAGCUAUAGCACCAGAAGCACCACAACGAGUUACACGACCUUCUCAGACAACUCAGACUCAGCCUUCACCAACUCACAGUAUUCCAACAACAAUUCCACAACUGCUACAACAACAACAACAACAAAGACUAGCUCGUCAGAAAUAACCAAGCAGUUCAUCGAGGAGUCUGAUAUUAGCAACCACGAAGCCAACAACGGUCCAUCCAAUAAUAAUUCAACGAGGGACUCUACAAGCAACACCAAACAAACGAGCGACGUCAAUGAGUCUGGCACCCAAACCUCAGACGUCACCAACCUGAACGUCAUCUCGAACGUCCAACUGAGCCAAUCAACUUUAGACCUAAUUUUCCAACAAGUCAUUCAAGACGUGAACAAAACAAACUCGAACCAAGUGAGCGUGAACACAAUACCAAUCCCAAUCAGUGACAACACAAACACCGAAGUGAUCAACGUCCAACAAGUGCCGAGUUUUUUUCUAAAACGCAAGGAGGACAUAACCACAGACAACCCCGAGCACAGCCGAAUAGUGAAGUACAUGAUAAGUAACAUUGGUACCGGCAGCCCGUACAGUAAGCCGGCUGAAGUCCCUCAAGUGGUGGUGCCACGCUUCUCGGCUCUUCCUCGUACUUCCUCCAUGGAGGUGAACACUUCAUCCGCGGAGUCUGAGGACAAAGAAUCAGACACGGUUAGCCUGGUGGACAGCUUGGAGGACCCACACUCGCCCAGGAUUGAUGGGAAUUUUAACAACUACGACGACAAACUGGUGCGAGGUGACAUGAACCUAACCCCCAUCCUGCCCGACAACAGUGACAAAACGGACAAGAAGAAAUCUAAAACCCCCAAGCCCUCGACGUUUUUCAUUCCUAUCGAGUCGAACCAAACUGAAACCAAAGCCGUGUCCGAUUUGAUGCCGACGAAGGUUCGUGAAAAAUUAGCGAAGCGUCAACAGAAACGGGAGGAGAAAAUGUUGCAAACCAAAAGCAAAUUUAGCUCACCUAGAUCCGAUAGUAAUUAUAUAAGUGCAAGUGAUAAUCAACUUCAUUUCGUAGUAGAUACCAGUUCGGAUUUUAAUUUAAAUAGUACCCCCAAUCUCCCUCACGUCAAUUAUAUGAAGCAGAAGAAACGAAGCAAACCGCUUCUUCCAAGUAUAGAAAGUAUAAGACGUAUCAAAGUAGACAAACGUGACAAGGAACCCAAACCCAAAUCCGUUAAAAGAAAAUCCAUAUCCAAGGAAAACUCUACGGAGUACCAUCAAAGCAAAGCCAAACCGUGGAUGCCUAAAACCAGAAACAAAAUGCAAGAGAAGCUCACUCCGAUUUACACAAGCAAAAACGAAUACGUUUACGAUGCCGAACCUCGCAGAAUUUAUCACAAAACGGAGUUCAGCAAUAACAACAAAAGGAUAGAGAUAUUAGAAAUUAUGGAGUGUGUUGAUGGCACGGAGAAAAAUCAAAUGUUUAAAGGAAAGUCUAAGAUACCAGUCUUAAUUAAUCAAAAAUUGCCUAAAAUCAAUGAUAAAUCAAACAAGCCAUCAUUCCUAGACUUCGAUAAAGUUGAAAUCGACCCAAAACUGGACCAACUCAUAGCUAACAUACUGAUUGACACACUGAACAACUCCACAGAAGUCGAGAAGACUAGUAGUAGAAUAGUAACUGAACGUAGAAGUCCUUCUUCUCCAGUAAAACACUCAGGAAACUCAAAGUAUUUACAAAAGUUCGAGGUGAUACCCGAAGAACUGCAAUCAUCAACUGAAGAAAAUCAAAUAUUAAGCAAGGACAUAAGCAAUAAUAAUAGUGAAAUAGACACAAAUAACACUGCGACGGGAAGCAGGACAAAAGAAAACCCUACCUACAAAGGCAAAGCUGCAAUUGCCGUUGUAAGGGAUGAAAAUUUGUCGACCAUUCCUAAAGGGUGGAUAACCUUUUACAUGCUUCACAAGAAUCAGGGGUCACCCGACAGUACAUCCGAUGAAGGUAUAAACAUUUCAACAUAUCAAACUUACAACUCUUUAAUUUUAUUCGCAUCAUUUAGACGAUUUUAUUUAGGCAAAGUAAUUGAUCAAAUUCAGAAACCCCAUGAAACUCAUGAUAUGCAUAAUAAGACUAACAUUAACAAUGAACUAAGAGCUAAUCAUAGAAGUCCUGCUUCAAGCCAGGCCACCUUGAAAAUUGUCAAGAGCAGUGGUAGAAAGACUGACUUAUUUAAGGAGUUUACCUCCAGCAGCGAAGAUGUUUCCCAACACUUGCCAUCUGGGAAAUCCAGAAAGUUUACGCCCAGUAAGACCAAGAAUCCAAAACCAGAACCCAACAAAACAGGACAAUGGUCUGUAACAGUUAGUGGAACUAACAGCUAUGGACAAUUGGCUCCAGAAUUGGAGAUGAGGUUGAGAUUUCCCAAUGGUAAAAGUGGAAACAAACGAAUAGACUAUAUGCAAAAACAGGAAACGAAACAAACUGAAGGAAAUCCUGUGUGUAAGGCUGGAAAUGUUUACACGGAUGCCAGUGUUAACAAAUCUGUUUCAGUAAAUAAUGGUUACAAAAGGUGGCUACCUGAUAUUCAAAGCAAUGCUUUAACUAGAAAAAAGAAAAUCGAUGUACCUGUUUCUGUAACGUCAGGAUUGGAGCCAAGACCUACGAAAACUAGUACCAGGAGAUAUUAUCUUACAAGGCCUAGGUACCAAGAAGACUCAACCAACAAUAGUUUAUUUAGUGAAAGAGAAUAUGCUGAAAUUUUAAGACACUUUCCUGAAAUUAUGUCUGUCAGCGGAAGGACGAUUAGUCCUGAGCGGAAGUCAAGAGUUCCCACAAUGAGUGAAAGAGAUCUUACCAGAGGUUUUUAUACUACCCCACGAUAGUUGAAUAUUUUGUAUAUAUUUAGACUAAUGUACAUAAAUAAAUUAUAUUUUAUUAUAAAUAUAUUUUGUUAAAAUAU